GGAGGCCCCGCCUCACUAACCCCCGUCUACAUCCAGCUGCGGGGCUUCAGUCAAUAAAGGCGCCAGGUCUCCCAGUCUUUUCCGGGGGACGUUCUAUCUCUCCCGAGCUGCGACAUGAGGGACUAUGACGAGGUGACAGCCUUCCUGGGCGAGUGGGGACCCUUCCAGCGCCUCAUCUUCUUCCUACUCAGCGCCAGCAUCAUCCCCAACGGCUUCAAUAGUAUGUCGAUAGUGUUCCUGGCGGGGAUCCCAGAGCACCACUGCCGGGUGCCCACCUCGGCGAACCUAAGCAGCGAGUGGAGGAACUACACCAUCCCGCGGCAAAUGCAGGACGAUCGCGAGGUGCCCAGAAAGUGCCAGCGCUACCAGCUCGCGGCGCUGACCAAUUUCUCGGCCCAGGGGCUGGUGCCCGGGAGGGACGUGAACCUGAGUCAGGUGGAGUUGGAGCCCUGUCUGGACGGCUGGGAGUACAGCCAGGACACGUAUCUAUCCACCAUCAUCACGGAGACUGGGCUGGUACCUGGGGCCAACAGUGAACCUCGAGCAUGCCGUGAUGACCCUUCCCUGGUGAUCUGGGGGCAAGGGGGAAUCAUUUCACUGAGCAAGAUACUCAGUGACUUAAUCCUAGAACAAUUCCCAGACAAACAGUGGAAUAUAGUCUGUGAUGAAAGCUGGAAACCCCCACUAACAACCUCAUUGUUCUUCGUGGGUGUGCUGAUGGGAUCCUUCAUUUCAGGACAACUCUCAGACAGGUUCGGCAGAAAGAAUAUCCUCUUUGGGACUAUGGCUGUGCAGACAGGCUUCAGUUUCCUGCAGAUCUUCUCCAUCAACUGGGAGAUGUUCACUGUGCUGUUUGUCAUCGUGGGCAUGGGCCAGAUCUCCAACUAUGUGGUGGCCUUCAUUUUAGGAACAGAAAUACUUGGCAAAUCAGUUCGUAUUAUAUUCUCCACAUUAGGAGUUUGCAUAUUUUUUGCAAUUGGCUACAUGUUGCUGCCACUGUUUGCUUACUUCAUCAGAGACUGGCGGAUGUUGCUACUGGCUCUGACGAUGCCGGGGGUGCUGUGUGUCCCGCUGUGGUGGUUUAUUCCUGAAUCCCCACGAUGGCUGAUAUCUCAAGGAAGAUUUGGAGAAGCAGAAGAUAUCAUCCAAAAGGCUGCAAAAAUGAAUAAGGUGACAGCACCGGUCACAGUAUUUGAUCCUUCGGAGCUCCAGGAGCUAACGCCUUUAGAACAGCAAAAGGGAUACAUCCUGGAUCUAUUCAGAACUGGUCACAUUGCCAUAAUCACCAUCAUGUCUUUGAUGCUGUGGAUGCUAGUGUCAGUAGGUUACUUUGGUCUCUCUCUCAACACUCCUAACUUGCAUGGAGAUGUCUAUCUGAAUUGUUUCCUAUCUGCUGCCAUUGAAGUCCCUGCCUAUGUGAUAGCCUGGCUACUGCUUCGAAACCUGCCCCGACGAUACAUCAUUGCUGGGACACUAUUCCUGGGCGGAGGGGUUCUCCUUUUCAUUCAACUGGUUCCCACUGAAUACCAUUUCUUAUCCAUUGCCCUAGUGAUGCUAGGAAAGUUUGGAAUCACCUCUGCAUUUUCAAUGCUCUACGUCUUCACAGCUGAACUCUACCCAACACUUGUCAGAAACAUGGCUGUGGGUGCCACUUCCAUGUCCUCCAGAGUGGGUAGUAUCAUUGCUCCUUACUUCGUUUAUCUUGGUGCUUAUGACAGGAUCCUGCCAUAUAUUCUUAUGGGCAGUCUAACUGUGCUCAUUGGCAUCGUUACCCUGCUUUUCCCAGAGAGCCUUGGAAUGGCGCUACCAGAAACCUUCGAACAGAUGCAGAAAAUAAAAGGUUUCAGAUCCAAGAAAAAAACAAGGAACUCCACUGGGGGAGAGAAGAAUCCCAAGGUUUUCAUAACUGCAUUCUGACCAACUUCUGUCACAUUUGGUAAACAGAGGUCUCUGAGACUGGGGAGAAGCCAAAGCAUAUCCUGCCAGAAAGGACUACCUGAUGGAAAAUACAAUGAGCACCCCAUUAUUGUCAAUAUCUUUGCCAUGUGAUAAACUAGGGUAUUGCUGUUUUUGAUACUUUGUCUUGUCAACCAGGAUCAAAAUAUGUUUCCAUAGAAUUCUCAGAUGCAAUGGCUUCGUUUACAUCUGUGAACGAGGUCCACAAUGCUUUUUGAGGACACAAUAACUAAGAAGUGAAAUGCUCAGGGUGUCUCACUUAUUUUUAGACAUGCAAAUACCACCCACAUCAGAAAUGUCUCAGACGUUAAAGGCAGAAGUACAGCUUUGGGUACUCAGAGGUAUUUAGGUUUUAUUUAUUUUUUUUCAUUGAUGCUGCACUUCCAAUGUAGUCAUCUCUGAAGCAAAAAUAUUUGGUAUUCCCUAUAAAGAAGAAAGAGUUUCUUAGUAUUCGUAUCCUCAAUAUUUGAUGUACACUAAUGUAAGAAUCUUUUAUCCUAGUAUUUGAAAACAUCUUUAAAAACAUUUACUCUGUUUCCCAGAUACCCUUCUUGAAAUAAAUUAAUGGCAAAAGUCCUUAUCAUUGUGCGGGUAAAUUGUAGAGGUAAAGAAGCUGGUCAGAGUGACCCACCUGCUAUUACCCACAAUGGAGCUAGGAGGAUAAUCCUUGGCAUCAUAGUCCAUUACCAGCAUCCCCAUCCAAUACAUUCUCCUAAAAACUCCAAAUUUUUCAGUAUUCAUUUUAAAUAUGAGAAUUAUGCUGUUGUAUUAGGCUUGUUUAUAAAUCAGAUAUUUCUAUUGUAUAUUAGGAAAAGUUUGAAAUAAAAAGUGCUGUUCAUUGUUCGUGGUGACAAUCUUACCUAAACAUAUUUUAAAAUGGAAGUUGCUCAAAGCUAGAAAUAGGUUUUUGUUUUUUAAAAAAACAUCAUUAAAAACAUCUCCUUUCCAGAAAUAGCUUCUCUGUUCCUGAGCACAACUAUACAGAUGUGCUCCCACCUUUCUAAUUGUACAUUGUCUGUGGAAGGCAUAAGGGUUUACCACUGGGGUAACUGAUUAAGUUAGCACUCCUGUUAAGAUGCAAAAGUUUGUAUUUGAUGUUGGUUAACCUACACACUAAACAAUCAGACUGCAAAUGCCAGUGUUCCUACUCAAUCUUUACAUGGCACUGUCUCUGAAAGCAGCUGAAGACCAAGCCUUGUUAUCUAAGUGUUGUCCACACACAUUCCUCUUUAAAAUAGAGUUUUUCUGAAGAAAAAUACAAAAGUGCUUGAAGCAUCAUUGCAAUAACCUGACUCAUCUUACUCCCCACAAUGUGUAAUACUACAGGAUAUAUGGAAUAAACCACUAAUGGCCACCAGAUUUUUAUACGUUUUCUGUGACUCCUGAAAAUAAUUUUCUGUGACAGAAAAAUUCCAUGUAAUAAACCACUAAUAGCCACUAGUUUUUUGAUAUGUCGUCAAUGGCUCUUGAAAAGAAUUAUCUUCAACAGGAAACUUUCCAGGUCUAAGUAUUUUUCAAAGGAACCUCUGAUUUGGCAUGUAGAGAAGUUUUUUGAUCAUUUAAAGAUGCUCAUCUCAAAAUCUUUGACAUUGAUAUCAAUUAUUAUCCUCCUUAAAAGAGGAUUUGUCAGAGGGUACUAUUAUUGUGUGUGUGUGUGUGUGCGCGCACGCCUGUGUGUAUAUGUAUGUAUACAAAUACAUAUAUAUAGUAU